AACGCCACGCUGGAGGCCGUAGACCCUUCAACGACCACCUUCAACGCGGAGCAGGAUGCACUCUCGAAGAUCGACAUCCAGAAGUUGAAUCAUUUCUACAACUGCUCAUCGGCCCAAGAAGUCUCUUCUAGCAACAUCACUACAUCCACCACAUCCAUCUCUACAUCCUCCACAUCCACGACAGGUGAACCAAUUGGUGAAAGCGGCUUCCCAGCGCCGGCAUUGCAAGAUGCAGGCGAUGCUGCCGCCCGCGGUGGAAGCGAAAAUGUUGGUGGAAUCGCACGCAGUGGUGCAUCAGAUGUCGGAGGCAGCGACAUCAGUGGAAACGAGACGAUGUUGUCAGAAAAUGCAGCAGGCACAUGGAAUGGCGCUGCCUUCACCGAGUUUGUAAGCGCCUCUGAUUACGGCGACCCUGAAGCUCAUAAUUUAUCAAUGCUGCUCCUCUCGCCCACCACAAGUGCAGCUGGCAAGCUACACGUCGUCUCCUCAGCACAGUUUGUGAUGAUGCUGACGUCGGCCAUCUUGUGCUUCAGCAGCAGCUUUGCACUCUCAUUGGUGCAAUAAAAUACUAUUACUAUUGUA